AAGAAGCAGCAGCAAAAAUUUCGACAGCCAGCAGCACUUUGAUCGCUCGUCUCAUACGAAGAAAAUCGCGCAGGUGAAAAUAUUUAUUUCCCGGAAAAUAAUCCGCCUGAUUCGGAGUUACGGGCGCCCAAAACGGUCCGAUUUCGGUAUCCGGUGUUUGCGAAGGGAUCGGUGAUUGUGAACGAGGUGAAAAUUCGCUGUUUCGAGUGGUGAUUUGUGACGAAUUUGUGGUUCCCAAUUUAGUUCAUCUUCCAAACGUCAAGGACGGCUAAUGCAGAUUGGAAGUGCUUGAAAAUAUAGUGUCUGGGAAGGGGAAAGAAGUGACGGAAUAAAAAAAUUGUGAAUUCGGUUUAGGAGCUGCGAUCGAGUUUGCCGUCGAGGACGAGUCACGUAUUGGAAUUUUUAAUAUUGUGUUUUGAAAGCAGCGAAGAAUAUUUUUAUUAGUAGAGAAUCCGGUUUCGAAGCGCUUCUAACACUUAUCAAAGUCGCCGCGGGAAGGAGAAUGUCACUUCCUGCUUUGCUCAGCCAGAGCAAGGAAAAUCGUCGUCGUCAGCUGAAAGAAGGCCAGCAAGUGAAUAAGUGAGUGACCAAACGAAAAAAAUAGUUGAAGAUUCCUUAACAGCACCACCACCAAGCAAGAUCAUGGAGGGCGACAUCUGUCGGGUUUGCCGCUGCGAGGCGCAAUCCGAUCGGCCACUGUUCCAUCCCUGCAUCUGCACCGGAAGCAUCAAGUGGAUCCACCAGGACUGUCUGAUGCAAUGGAUGCGCUACUCCCGGAAGGAAUACUGCGAACUGUGCGGCCAUCGGUUCUCGUUUACGCCCAUCUAUUCGCCGGAUAUGCCGCGGGUGCUGCCCCUAAAGUACGUGGCCGGAGGAUUGCUCAGUUCGAUCGGGACGGCCGUUAACUACUGGGUCCACUACAGCAUGGUGGCCAUUGCUUGGCUUGGCGUGGUUCCCCUGACGGCAUACCGGACGUAUCGGUUUCUUUUUUCCGGCUCGAUCGAUAUGCUACUCACCCUGCCGAUCGAUAUGUUCUCGACGGAGAAUAUUGCCAUCGACGUGUUCCGGGGAUGUUUCGUGGCCACGUGUACCUUGUUCACCUUCGUCGGGUUGGUUUGGCUGAGGGAACAGAUUAUACACGGCGGAGGACCGGAUUGGUUGGAGCGGGAUGAUCCUCCGCCGGUUGUGCAACCGGAUCCAAACGAGGAACGACCCAUACCGGAGAAUAACGGGCCGGAAGCGAACGAUGGUAACAACAAUAAUAAUAAUGAUGAUAACAAUAACGAAGAAGAGCACAACAACAACAAUAACAACAAUUUCGUGGAUAACAAUCUGGUCAAUCUACAGAAUCAGGAUCGCCCUCAAGAACCUCCGGUUGCACCGCCCGUAGUACCCCUUCUCGGUGCCCGAGUCCCAGCAGCGGCUGCACCAGGUGCAGCACCGGCCCCAGCAGCACCCCGGCAGCUACCGGAAGCGCCAGCCCCUGACCAUGUCCCGAUCGAUCCGGCUGAACCGCCACCUCCGGUUGCCCCCCUCGACGCCGAAGCCGAACCGGAAGCGGUCAACGAACCGGCCGAAGGUGCCGCCGAUGAAGCCAACUGGAAUCCGAUGGAAUGGGAACGCGCUGCCGAAGAACUGACCUGGGAGCGACUACUCGGCCUGGAUGGAUCGAUGGUAUUCCUGGAGCACGUCUUUUGGGUUGUUUCGCUCAAUACCUUGUUCAUCUUCAUCUUCGCCUUCUGUCCGUACUCGAUUGGAAACUUUCUGAUUUCCUUCCUGGGGAUUAUCACGCCUGGAAAACCGUUGCUACACUUUCACGGGCUACUGACGACGCUACUGGGCUAUUGCGUGAUUGGGAUUACCCUGAUCAAGUUGCAUGCCAUCGCCCGGUUUCUGAGGUGGCGCCGUCAGCGGCGUAUUCUGGGCAUGUGCUAUAUUGUGGUAAAGGUGUCGCUCCUAUCGGUGGUGGAAAUCGGAGUGCUUCCUCUGGUGUGCGGAUGGUGGUUAGACAUUUGCUCCCUGCCGAUGUUCGAUGCCACGCUGAAGGAUCGUAAGGCGAGUUUCAAGGCAGCCCCGGGGACAUCGCUCUUCAUCCACUGGAUGUUCGGAAUGGUUUACGUAUAUUACUUUGCUUCGUUCAUCGUGUUACUAAGGGAGGUGCUGCGGCCUGGAGUGCUCUGGUUCCUGCGUAAUCUGAACGAUCCGGACUUUAGCCCCAUUCAGGAAAUGAUCCACUUGUCGAUUUUGCGCCACGCCCGUCGUCUUAUCGCCUCAGCGAUCAUCUUCGGUUCGGCCGUUCUCCUAAUGCUGUGGGCUCCGAUACAAAUUCUUAAAUCCGGAUGGCCAACGUUCCUACCCUAUACGCUGUCCGGUGAUUCCGAAGUUAACGAACUAAGUUUACAGCUGCUGUUGUUACAGAUCAUUCUACCCGGGUUCUUUGAGCAAUCGCAUACGCGUAUCUGGCUGAAGGGUCUGGUGCGCAUCUGGUGCAACGUGGUGGCUCGCAUUCUGGGCAUCAAAAGUUACCUCCUCGGAACGGAACCGCGACCGAACGACGAUGAAGUCCCGCCCCGUCAACAGCCGGAUCUGGGAGCUGGGCUUGCCGCUGCCCAUCAGGCCAUCAUGCAGCGGGAUGUACCCGUUGGAUUCCAGCCUUACGAUCGACCACCGUUCUUCGCCGUGCGCUUGGUGGGACUGCUCGUGUUGAUGUGUAUCAGUUUAGUGAUUGGUUCGCUAACGACCCUGACGGUUCCGGUGUGGAUCGGUCGUCACGGAAUGGCUCUGUGGUCAAUGGGAUCGCAAAUAACUCCUCCGCCUAAUGCGGUUGCCACCGGUACAGAAACUCCCCCAAGGCCGCACGAACUCUACACGGCCGCAAUGGGAACCUACCUCUGUUGGAUCUUUUCUCGAGGUAUUGCUGUGGCAGUGAAUCUGUUCCCACAAGGACGAGCUGUCGUGAUGGAGCGCGUUAAACACUGGAUUUCCGUGGGAACCUCUUACGCUCUGGCAGCCAUCAUUUUCGUACUUAUGCUCGGUGUGAUUCCACUGAUGUUCGGAUUGCUGCUGGAGCUAGUCGUAGUCGUUCCGUUACGUGUUCCGAUUGUACAAACGCCAGUGCUAUUUCUGUGGCAAGAUUGGGCUCUCGGGGUUCUGUACACCAAAAUUGCCUGCGCUCUCACAUUGAUGGGACCGGAUUGGGCACUGAAACGUGCAAUCGAGCAAGCCUAUCGAGACGGUCUCCGAGAUAUGAAUCUACGAUUCAUCAUACGGGAGCUUGGAGCGCCUGUCAUUACGUGCUUCGGUCUAGCCCUAGCCGUUCCCUACGUGAUCGCCCAUUCGAUAAUGCCGAUAUUCUUCACCAACCAAGUGACACGGAUACUGAUCGCCCGGCAGAUUUAUCCAUUUUUCCUACUAAUAGCGUGCAUCGUCGCGAUCGUGAUCCUUCAAAUACGCCAGUUCAAGAAACUGUACGUAGCAAUCAAGAAUGACAAGUACUUGGUCGGACAACGGUUGGUAAACUAUGACCACCAGCGGAAGAAGGCGGCACAGCAAGCAGCGGCGGCCAUAGCCCAGCAACAAGCAGCGCGGGCCCAGCAAGCUACACAGCAGCAACUGCAGCAGGGACAACAGCAACCCGCGCAAAAUGAUCAACCAGAUGAAGGCGAUGUACGGGACAGACCAGAUCCGGGAGCAGCUGCCGUGGCCGCAGCUCAGGCGGUUCAGUAGAAUCGAAACAACAAUCAACCAACCAUUAUGGGACUCUCCGAAAUCGUCCGUAAGCUGUUCGAAACGAGUAAAGCGUGGAUUUGUAGAUUAUGAAGAUAUUGCAAUUUUACUUUAGUACGUCUCAGAAAAACGCAGUUGGACGAAAACGUGAAGGUGUACACGCAUCCACACAAACACAUCAAGUAUAGGUUCUUUUUUGUUGUAUUUUUUUUUAAUAUUAUAUUUGGGAAUUAUGUAUCAUAGCAGGAACUAAAUUGAAGGAGCAAAAAGAUAGAAAUCAAAAAUUCACAAAAAAAUGAAACAGAAACUAAAGAUACUGUUGUUAUAGUAGUCAUAAAUAGUGAGUUUAAUCAUUAAUUUAAUAUAUGAUCCAAUGAAGUGAAUCAUGCAGCGGAAGGAAUGUUAGCACUAAGUUUAAGCGAGUAUGAGUAUUUAUAAUACUGCAGAACACACACUAAUACCUACACCUAUGAAGAAAGGGGACAAACAACAGGAACUUCUAUAGAAUCGGUAGCGUUAAUAGGCAAAUUGUACACACCCUCCAAGCAUGAACUUUAUCAAAAUUGUUGUUCCAAUCGGUUGAACGCCUGCCUCCAAAGAAGCACCCACAUUUCAGGGUCAAAUCGCACACGAUCGAGGCAAGAAGUUUGAGAAGAAACCGUUACAGAAUCGAUCAUUUUACCCCCUUAAUGAACAUUGAAUUUCAUCGCAUUAGGUAAAUGAAAACUGAUGAAGAACUGAUAAAUGCAAGUAAAUGAGUAAAAUGG